AUGCACCUAGGCGGUUGUUUCAUCUUUCUACUAUCCAAUACCGCCAUUUUACCUGCUGUAUGGUCAUCGAAGCAAUGCGGCAAUGAACAUUUCCAAUUAUUAUGUCCCGAGAAGGCAAUAUGUGUUGUAUCACGAAGCACAGAUUUUCGCUGUGACGUGACAGGAUGGUGUAAAAAGCAGUGUCCAAGAGUGCCUUUAAAUCGAGAAUGGUGUUUGCUGCGCAAUUUAACUCAUGAUAUCAAAUGUUGUUUACUUGACCGCUGCAACUGGGAGGAAAUGCCGCUUUUUGCUAUUACUAAAAAGAAAUUCAGGUUUUUACCAGGUAUGCAAAUCCUGGCUCGUUUAUUAACGCCACUUCUUCUACUAUUUUUUAUCUCUUAUCCAAUACUAUCAACAUUGAUCCAUGAAUGGAUGAUUGAGGCAUAUAAAAAAAUUGAAUAUAAUCCAAAAUUGGAUUUCGAAUUAUUGCAAAAAGAAGGAAUAAUAUUCAAAGAUUCACCACCAAUAACUGGUGAACCACUCGAUGGAUGUUUAAAUAUUGAGGAAUUUGCGGAAGCUAUGAGAGCAUUAGCAGAAUACAGAGGUAACGUGGAGGAACCAACAGUUAGGACACCUUUCGAAGAAAUCACUUACGUGAACUAUGAGAUUCACGAAUCAUUGGGCUUUGACUAUGCAGUGAUUACACGUAUUGAACCAACCAAAUUUGAAAGUCUUUUAAUUCGUAUGAUUGAACAAGGACCAGGAUUCUUUGACAUUGAAGGAGUUGAGUUAUAUGAGCUUUUGUCGGAGUUAAGUGAAAUUUUACGUACAGAAGAUUCACUUCUAGAAAUUUCAACCGAUGUUGUGGUAAUCGGUGAACUUCGUGGACGGUAUUCUGACUUAUUACGUUGGUUCCAAUUAUAUGGAUAUCCACCAAAACGGCGAUAUCUUUUUCUUGGUGGUAUCAUCGAUCAAGAAUGUGCUGAAUCUGUUGAAACACUUGCUUUUCUGGCAGCGUAUAAAGUGACCACACCAAAUCACAUUUAUAUAAUACGUGGAGCUACGGAAUUUUUCCCUUUUCAAGUUAGAAAACGUUUUCCGGUUAAGCUAUGCAUAGUGUUGUCAGCGUUUAUCACGAGAAUUUGCUCUGAAAUGCCUAUCGCUGCUACAAUUGGCAAUACAAUUUUUGCCGUACAUUCCGGUAUCAGUUCAAAACUAGAAAAUCUUGAAGUAAUAAAGAAAAUUGAAAGGCCACCGUUGAAAUGGAACUAUCGAAUUCUCUGUGAUUUAAUACUGGGAAUGCCGAGUACUGCUGUUGAAAGAUUUCAAAAAAUUAAAGGUGGCCGAGGUCAUCUUUUUGGUGUUAAAGCAAUUGAGGAAUUUAUAGUACGACUGCAAAUGAAAUUGAUUAUACGUACGCAUACGCCAUGCGAGAAGGGUCAUUUCACGUUUGCAUCUAAGCAAGUGCUAUCUAUUUGGUCUAGUAACUGCAACAACGUGAAACUUGCAACAAGCAUAUAUAUUGACCCGCAGCUACGGGUUACUGUACAUUGUAUGACACCUGUAAUUGUGAAAACAAUUGCCGCUGGUCAAAUACCAGCAAUGGUACCAGAAGUGGAAAUUGUAGAGGUAGAAGAGAGGAGUAAAGUUGACAAAGUUCGAAGUAGUCAAAGAUAA